UAAAUGAAUCGAAUUUCCGGCGAUGGGCAACUAGUAUUCAGUUUCAAAUUUGUGUAGCGCCCUUUGAUUUAUCAGUAUCAGAGUGGGAAGAAGCAGAGGCCAACGACUUUGUUAUCAAAACAGAACAGAACCGCAUCUUUGCUUUAGUUAAAUGAGUUGAGUUGUAGUGGAGGCAAGAGCCUCCCACUGAGAAAACAACGGAAACCAUUAUAUUAUCUACCUUUUUUUAAUUUUCCACAAAAAAACUAAACAGUAUCUUCUUGAAUCGAAACCGAUUCUAUACUUUACGAAAAUGUUGUUCAAAGUGACUGUAUUAUUUAUUUUAGGAAUCUGUACUGCUUGUGAUAUGGAUCAGACCAAAGACGGAUGUCGAAUCAGAAAUGGUAUUUGCUCUUGUGGUUUUGGAUGUAUUUCGGAGUAUAGAUAUGAAACAAUGGCAGAGUGCAAUAGUGCUCUAAAAGGAAAAAGGAGAGAUAGCUGUUAUCCGAAUCCAUGCAUGAAUGGGGGCUCCUGCAUUCAAAUAUCCCAAAGACCUUACUUCAUUUGCAGAUGUGAUGGCACAGGAUUUUUCGGACAAAGAUGUCAUAGAGCCUGUCCCACACAAGGAGCUUCAGGUUCAGCCAAUAUUUUUCCAUAUGAAUGCAUAGUAAUAUAGGAAAGGUGUACAAUAUACAGUAAAUAAAAUUCAAUAAAAAUCUCGACGGAU